UCCGCCAAUGACGGCCGGAGCGGCAGCCUUGAGGGACUGCAUAUGCAAACCCGUCGCUUAAUAUUCAUGAGCUGCAUUUGCAGCUUUAAGUCGUUGAUUAGGACAGCAGCAGAGCUUUCUUUCCCAACUGCCCGCCUGACUCUGUGUGUGCGCCUGCAGCCCCCCACUCAUUGGCCAUAACAUACACAAACACCCCCCCACACACACCGACACACCGACACACACGACACACACGACACACACACACACACACACACUCACACACACUCACACACACGCAGAGCAGAUCAGUGCAGGCAGCGCUCAGCCCACUAAAUUGUGUCGCUCCCUCCAAGUGGAAGCAAGGACCAAGAGACACUGGAGAAAAAAAGAAGAGGACACAUUUUGAAAGUUUUCAAUCUCUUUUCCACAAAACCUUUUUUUUUUGCUCUCUCUCUCUCUCUGGAGGAGGUUGACAUGACAAUGACCCGCUUUCGCCGAUGGAUUUGGUAGGACACCCGCUCUCCGAGUGUUUUCUAAUGCACUCUGAACAAGAAAUGAACUUAUCGAAGGGCCCACUAGUGAACAGCAGCACUGACGACAGCUCCAAGUCGACGUACGGUAAAUGCGGCGCUGGCGCCUGGAGGAUGCACCAGAGCUACGAGCCCCUCGAGGCCAACCACAUGAGAGACCCACAUGCCCUCUACAACCCAAGGCUUCUCUGCAGAAUGUCCAGUAAGGAGCGCCACCUAGAGUCCAACUGUCCGUCCUCGUAUAUAAAGACUGAGCCAUCUAGCCCCGCAUCCCUGACCGACAGUCUAAACCACCACUCCCCCGGCGGUUCCAGUGACGCAUCAGGCUCCUAUUCGUCCACCAUGAACGGCCACCCCAACGGUUUAGACUCCCCGAGUCUCUAUGGCUCCGGCGCGGGGCCCUUGGGUCCCGCCGGCGGCCCCGGAUCAAAGCGCUACGAGGACUGUUCAUCAACGAUUGGGGAAGAUUCCCAGAUAAAGUGCGAGUACAUGUUGAAUUCCAUGCCCAAGAGGUUGUGUCUGGUGUGCGGGGACAUUGCUUCUGGCUACCACUAUGGUGUGGCAUCAUGUGAGGCCUGCAAGGCCUUCUUCAAACGCACCAUUCAAGGCAACAUCGAAUAUAGCUGUCCAGCCACCAACGAGUGUGAAAUCACCAAGAGGAGACGCAAGUCAUGCCAGGCCUGCCGCUUCAUGAAGUGUCUGACUGUGGGCAUGCUGAGGGAGGGUAAGGGAAAAGGUGUUCGUCUGGACAGGGUUCGCGGUGGAAGGCAGAAGUAUAAACGUCGGAUAGAUGCAGACAACAGUCCUUAUCUGAACCCUCAGCUGGCUCUACCUGCCAAGAAGCCAUUUGCCUUUGGCUGCCUUGCAGAUAACAAAAUCGUCUCUCACCUGCUGGUGGCCGAGCCAGAGAAAAUCUAUGCCAUGCCCGACCCGACAGUACCAGACAGCGACAUCAAGGCCCUGACUACAUUGUGCGACCUGGCCGACAGAGAGCUGGUGGUCAACAUCGGCUGGGCCAAGCACAUCCCAGGUUUCUCCACGCUGUCUCUAGCAGACCAGAUGAGUCUACUGCAGAGCGCAUGGAUGGAGAUCUUGAUCCUGCGUGUCGUAUACCGCUCGCUGUCUUUCGAAGACAAGCUGGUGUACGCCGAGGACUACAUCAUGGACGAGGACCAGUCAAAGCUGGCUGGACUCCUGGACUUGAACAACGCCAUCCUGCAGCUGGUCAAGAAGUACAAAACCAUGAAGCUGGAUAAGGAGGAAUUUGUCACUCUGAAGGCCAUCGCGCUGGCUAACUCAGACUCCAUGCAUAUCGAAGACGUGGAUGCGGUGCAGAAGCUCCAGGACGUGCUCCACGAGGCCCUGCAGGACUACGAGGCUUCCCAGCACCAGGAGGACCCCCGGCGGACGGGCAAGCUGCUCAUGACCCUGCCACUGCUCCGUCAGACCUCCACCAAGGCCGUGCAGCAUUUCUACAGCAUCAAGCAGGACGGCAAAGUGCCCAUGCACAAACUCUUCCUGGAGCUGCUCGAGGCCAAAGUGUGAGGGCGCAAAAUUCCAAGCAACUCCCCAUGUUUUACACACACACACACACACACACACACACACACACAC